CCGAGAGGGAAGCAGAGGAGGGUGAACCAACACAAAGCCCUUUGUGGGUGAAAGAGAGAGAAGCUGGAUUGGAACCCAAGUGGAAAGGUCUGCGGAACCCCAGAGCUCCAUGCAGUGCGAGAAUGGGGACGAAGGGAAUGCAGGAUGCAGAGGAAGGGUGUCCCAGGUCUGGGAGGGGGCGUCCCUGUGGCUGGUGCGCCUUCCUCGCCUCGGGUGCACAGGUCAAGCCUCUUCCCUCCCGCGCUCUCACCCUCCCAACCUUAUUUAGAAACCGUGUCCCCGAGACAGGAAGGGCGGCGGGCCGAGAAGCACGGAGCGUCCCGGCCUCAUUUCCUUUCGAAUCCCCCUGUGGAAUUUCAUUUCGUACGGUGAGGAAAUCGGAGCGCGAGCCCGUCGGCUGCUCGGCUGCUCCGGGGCACCACCCCCACCGGGGCUGGAGACCCGCUGCUCUCGGGCGCAGGUCGCGCCGAGCGCAGGGCGGGGCUGGGGGGCCGGGCGCCAGCCCCACUGGCGGGGGUGAAAAUUGCUGCGAACUCGCGCUGUACCAGGCACCAGCUCUAAGCAUUUCAGACUUUAUCGUUAAUCCUCCCAAGUCACUUUACGGGUGAGGAACCUGACGCCGAGAGGUUGGGCAAUUUGCUCAAGGUCACACAGCGAGGAUUUAAAAAGUCACCAUCUGUGUAAAAUCCUAAAUGCCGUGUUCUUUGUGUUCACUAUUUGGCUUCAUAUAGAGGUGGCCUAGGGACUGUAGUGGACAUCUGGAAGGGGACGGACAUGAACGGGACAUGGAUGUGGGAGCACUUCUCACCUGAGAGAGGAGGGCACGUUGGCUGGGCAGGAGCCACGGGGCUCCAAUCGACGCCUGGCUGCUGCGUGCAAUGGAUCCGGGUGGGAGGACGCCGAGCGCCUGAAGCCAAGCGGGGCGGGGCGGCUCCGGAGCGAGUCAGGGAGGGGAGGUUCAGGCUGCCGGCCGGGGCCUGACCCUUACAGCGGGAGAGAGACCCCGCCCCUUCCCGCCCCCUCUGCCCAACGCGACCUCUUAUUGGACAAUCACGUUGUCCGUCCCGCCCCGCCCCGCCCCUGCCCUGCGAACCACAAGAGCCGCGGAGCUCUGGGGCGGUGAGAGCUGCGCGGUGUAGAGUGCAGGCGGGCUUCGCCGAGAAAGCCGGACUCGGCCGGCGCCGAGUUCUGGGAUCGCCGCCUGCAGCCAUGACCCUAGCAGUCCGUCCCUCUGCCCCGGCUCUGGACGUCUGAUACCCCUCACAGUCUCGUACAGCUCCUGGAGAGGCGGCCGCUGCCCCCUCGUCGCCCUUGGCGCCUUACCGGACUCCCUAUCCGGAGCUGGGAAGCAGAGCGGCCACCGGCGCCCCCGUGCAAACUGGGGGUGUUUGCUGGAGCAGCCCCCGCCGCUGCUGCGCGCGGCUCUGGCCAUGGCCUGGCGGGGCACAGGGCCGAGCGUCCCGGGGUCGCCUGGAGGCGUCAGGCUGGGGCUGCUGCUGCUGCAGUUGCUCCUGCUCCUGCGGCCGGCACUGGGCUUCGGGGACGAGGAGGAGAGACGCUGCGACCCCAUCCGCAUCACCAUGUGCCAGAACCUCGGCUACAACGUGACCAAGAUGCCCAACCUGGUGGGACACGAGCUGCAGACGGACGCCGAGCUGCAGCUGACAACUUUCACGCCACUCAUCCAGUACGGCUGCUCCAGCCAGCUGCAGUUCUUCCUUUGUUCGGUUUAUGUGCCAAUGUGCACAGAGAAGAUCAACAUCCCCAUUGGCCCGUGCGGUGGCAUGUGUCUCUCCGUCAAGAGGCGAUGCGAGCCCGUCCUGAAAGAGUUUGGUUUUGCCUGGCCGGAUAGCCUGAACUGCAGCAAGUUCCCACCCCAGAAUGACCACAACCAUAUGUGCAUGGAAGGACCCGGCGAUGAAGAGGUGCCCUUACCUCACAAAACCCCUAUCCAGCCGGGAGAAGAGUGCCACUCCGUGGGAACCAAUUCCGAUCAGUACAUCUGGGUGAAAAGGAGCCUGACCUGUGUUCUCAAGUGCAGCUACGAUGCUGGCUUGUACAGCCGCUCAGCCAAGGAGUUCACGGAUAUUUGGAUGGCGGUGUGGGCCAGUCUCUGUUUCAUCUCUACCACCUUCACCGUGUUGACCUUCCUGAUCGAUUCGUCCAGGUUUUCUUACCCUGAGCGCCCCAUCAUAUUUCUCAGUAUGUGCUAUAAUAUUUAUAGCAUUGCUUAUAUUGUUCGGCUGACUGUAGGCCGGGAAAGGAUAUCCUGUGAUUUUGAAGAGGCGGCAGAACCUGUUCUCAUCCAAGAAGGCCUUAAGAACACAGGAUGUGCAAUAAUUUUCUUGCUGAUGUACUUUUUUGGAAUGGCCAGUUCCAUUUGGUGGGUUAUUCUGACGCUCACUUGGUUUUUGGCAGCAGGACUCAAGUGGGGUCACGAAGCCAUUGAGAUGCACAGUUCCUAUUUCCACAUUGCAGCCUGGGCCAUCCCUGCAGUGAAAACCAUUGUCAUCUUGAUUAUGAGACUAGUGGAUGCCGAUGAACUGACCGGCCUGUGCUAUGUUGGGAACCAAAACCUAGACGCCCUCACUGGCUUUGUGGUAGCUCCGCUCUUUACUUAUUUGGUGAUAGGAACUCUGUUCAUUGCGGCGGGUUUGGUGGCCUUAUUCAAAAUUCGGUCCAAUCUUCAAAAAGAUGGGACAAAGACCGACAAGUUGGAAAGGUUAAUGGUCAAGAUUGGGGUUUUCUCCGUCCUGUACACGGUUCCUGCCACCUGCGUGAUUGCCUGUUACUUCUAUGAAAUCUCUAACUGGACGCUCUUUCGGUAUUCUGCAGAUGACUCUAAUAUGGCAGUUGAAAUGUUGAAAAUCUUUAUGUCUUUGCUCGUGGGCAUCACUUCAGGCAUGUGGAUUUGGUCUGCCAAAACCCUUCACACAUGGCAAAAAUGUUCUAACCGACUGGUGAAUUCUGGGAAGGUAAAGAGAGAAAAGAGGGGGAACGGUUGGGUGAAGCCCGGGAAAGGCAAUGAGACCGUGGUCUAAGACUAGCCAGCUUCUACGCUUUCCUCAUGUUGGCGGGAAUUACAUGGUGAAUCUCAGUUUGAACAAACUAGAAACACUUUAGCACCCCCACUGUCGGUCCAGCACCCCUCACCACACCCAGCCUCCUUAAAGCGAUGGUUCUGCUGCAGACGUUGGAAUGAUCCAAAAUGGGAAGCCAGUGAGAGGCUUUCAAAGCUGUGAAAAAGUCAAAAUGUUGAUCCCUUUAGCAGGCCGCAGCUCUGAGUGCUGAGGUCCUGCUUAGUUCCCUGUUUGCCCCUACUGGGUGGGAUUUCAGCUGUGAGUUGAGAACUUGCAGGGAGAAAGAUUAAUUUUUUAAAAAAACUCUUUUAAAUUUUAAAUAGUAACUAGGUCUUUCAGAUAGCCAAGUGAUCUAUAAACACUGGAAACACUGGGGUGGGAGACGUGUUGCAGGGUUUGAUAGUUUGGCUGGUCUAACAUAAACAUCUUGUGGCCUACAUGGUCUGCUGUUUGGAACUCUGGAGCGCACUCCCAAGAGGUGGUGUCAAAAUCCUUCAGUGCCUUUGUCGUAAAACAGAAUUAUUUGAACAAACAAAAGUACUGUACUAACACACACGUAAGGUAUCCAAUGGAUUUCUUUCUCUCUCUCUCUCUCUCUCUUAAAUUUCAGCAUCCCUUUUCUAGGCAGCCCCUCCCUCUUUUCUUCACUUUACACUAAUGACUCAAGAAAAAAUUAUUUUUAUAGGAUUUUUUUUUUUGCACUGCAGCAUGCCUAAUGAGGGGGGAAGGAAAGGUGAUUCACUUUCUGACAAUCACUUAACUCAGAAGAAAACAAGAUUUACUAAGUUGACUUCCCUUCCCGACCCCAGAGACCCAUUGCUAAGCAAUUGGGACUUGAAAUAUUUUAGUUCGUGUGAUUGCAUCUAGGCAGACGCCAGUCUGGAAGAACUGAAAUGUUAAAUUUCUUGGCAACUUUGCAUUCACACAGAUUAACUGUGUAAUUUGUGUGUGUCAAUUACAAUUAAGAGCACAUUCUUGGACCAUGACAUAGUAUACUCAGUUGACUUUAAAACUGUGGUCAGCUCGCAUUCGUAGUGCGAUAGUGCCUUUCUCCCCUGUAGCAUAAGAAUGUUAUCGGAGUUUGGUCUACUUACCACAAUGGAGACUUAUUCAGCUUUGCAAAGGCAGCUAAGGACAGCAGAUCCAAAUACUUGGUGCAUAAUUGUUCCUUAGUAAUUGGCAAAGGCUCCUUAUAAGAUUUCAUUAGAGGCAGUGUGGCCUGGAGUAUUUAUAUGGUGCCUAAUGAAUCUCCAGAAUGCCAGCCAGAAGCUGGAUUGGUUAGCAAGGGAUAUGGUAUAGACCGUAUGAAAUGAGCUGCAAGGUCUAACAGCAGCAUGGGUCUUAAUUGCCUUUGCUGGGGUAUCCAAAGCUUUUAAAAUUUAUGCUUUAAGUCCCUCACAAGGGGGUACCUGCUAGCAACCUAUCAAAAGUUGCAGUUGUCUUAACAAUUGUAGCUGGCCUUUCUCUUAACCUGCCUUAGGCCUUUUAAUCACCAGAUCUCCGGGACAAACUGUUGUACAUGUCACGGGUCGCUCUCCUCGUGUUUCAUACCUGUCUGCUUUAGCAGCUGCAGUUAUUGGUCGACUCAAGCUUUGUCCCUUUAGUUAAAAAAGCUCUUCGUGUUUUCCUGAUCAUCCUUCGCUGAGAGACAUUUCCCAGACUCCAAAUCACACACAAGUGAUCAGAUUCUGGAAAUAGAAAGUUUUAAAAAUUGAGGAUUUUUUUGUUUGUUUUUUGUUUUUGUUUGUUGUUUGUUUGUUUGUUUUGGGGUUGAGCUUUCUGUCUAUGACUUGACAUUGUCUCCCCCACACCCUUUGAUUUUGCAAGUUAUGCAGCUGUCUGUGAUCAAGAUGCAUGUAAGGCCGAAUGUGUGUUGAGAAAAGAGAGACGGAGCUUGUGAGAUGGAAACCUGCAUGGGCCUGGGUGGCCCCUGAUGAUUUGCACAAUCCAAGUGCCUAGGCUGGACUAGGGCAUAAGGCUCCAGGAGCAUGAGAACUGAUCCCUGGAAGGGCCAGUUGAACUCCUGAGUGAGCUGCCUAGGAAAUGUGGAGUGGACACGCCCCGUGCUGCUCGCAGACAGUUCCCAUAGCUGCACAGGGCCCUGGAGUGUGCACCCAAGGGCAGAUUCUGCCCUUACUCACGCUCUGCUGUGGUGUCUUGGGACUUGUGCAGUGACUCUGGCCCAGGAAAGGGAUGGAGGACCAGGCCGUGGCUGACCGCCUUUGCCAUGGAGGCUUUGUGUGUCGUUCUCUUUGCAAUACUUCAGUGUUGGUGGGACCAAGACGGCACCCUCCAAAGGGCUGGGCAAGAACUAGGUAGUGGGCAGGUGUCAACGACAGCCAUGGCAACGGCAAGCCACCUGCAUUCUGGAUUCUGGAGCUAGUGUCCUGACAGUUUGUCUGCCUCCCCCCAUCCCACCCCCCAGUCACUUGCCCUUCCAGGGGAAGUUCUGCUUGAGCAGAGGGGCUUGUCACUCCAGACUGCUUUGGUAGUCUUUAGCAAUGCCAUGGCGUUGUUAGGCCUUCCCGUUCAUGUUCCACGUGAUUCAGAAUGUUUCCAGUUUCCAGGAGAAGAACGUGGUGGCAGAGGAGUCCCUUACCAACACCCUUCAAGCCACUUUUUCACUUCAUCAUUGUGUUUUUCUGCUAGUUCCUCUCACAGGCCUCUUCCUAGGUCUCUCUACCUUUCCCAGAAUUCCUUCUGCAUCAACAACAGAAAGCAUCCGUUUUGCUUCAUGGCAAUCUCCAUAUAAACUCCCCAGGACAAUCAGAGUAGGCCCCAGGGUCUGAGUGCCAGCACCUACUGUGGCCUUGGGCAAAGGAGGGUCAGGACUUAGUGUUCCCUGGGACUUAUGUAGGUGUAUUUGAGGACAGCAGCUUGCUGAGGGGAAAGUUGGGUUUGUUUCCUUUCUCUGAGCCCUAGAAUGAGUAAGUGUGGCUGUUAUUUUCAAGAAAAGUCUGCAAGUUUCCAGAUAUUCUAUUAAGCAUAGCUAAGGGCACCUUUGCCCAACCUUUUUUUUUUUUUUUUUUUUUUUUUUUUUUGAUGAACUCUUUUGUCUUGCAUCAUAAAAGCCAAACCUUAGGGCAGAGGAUCGUUUGUGUAGGGUAGAAGUGGCCAGAACCUCCUGGUUGAACUACUCGGCUGAUCCUAUCUUUCUUCCUUUGUGGUGACCCAUUUCCUGGUUGCUGAGAUGGCUUCUGAGCUGGCACAGGGCCCAGAGGCCUGAAACAAGGGAAAGGUGACACUGUUUCCUGAGAUGUCCCCUUGUUUCUCUUUUCCAUCACUCACUCAAUUGUACUCCCUAAACCCAGAACCAGAGACAUCCCCUUAUCAGACCCUGAGCCGUCUGACCCUAUCUGACAUCUCCAACCCUUUGCUCACAGAAUUGUCUUCGGGAGUAAGUGCAAAGUUGGGUCAUGGCAUACCAAGAUGGACCUGGCAUCCUCCGUCCUGAAAGAGCAGGCGCAGCUGAAAGAGGUUUCACCAGUAUGACAUGUCUGCUAAGGCGCCCAUAGCAACGGGAAGGGAGACUAUGAGGGUACAGACUCCAGCAGGAACUGCUUAAUGUAUUAAUUCCAUCCUGUGACGGAGGGCAUCGGAGAGAGUUGCCAUUCCUGCCAGUUAUGAUGAGUCCCCAGACUUGGCCCAUGGUCUUUGUUCUUUUGUUGUAUUUGACGUCAGAGUCCCUGUCUGGGUUUGCAGUAUGUCUGACAAAGGACCCGGUUAUCAUCCUCCCUUCGUGGCUAGGUCAAAGACCUUGAAUCACCUGAGAGAGCAUUUUGCUCCGCCCCAAGUAACAGAUUCUGCUCCACUGGCGCCUGGAUAGAGCUCUCUGUUCCUGUCCAUUGCCAUGCCCCCAACCCCCAGCCCCACCCCACCUGGUAAGCUUUACCUGGUAAGCACAUUUGCCCUGGUACUUACUUAUUUUUGUUUCUUACUUGCCUUAUUUCCCCUCUUUGCAGCAGCCAGUUCCUGGAAUUCACCCAGGCAGUUGGUAGAGUCUUUUUGGAAUCCCCUGUGAGUCGCAUCCUCUGAGGCUCUGUGCCUUCCGGAUCUCCCGGAAUGUUCAGCUAAUGACCACUAAUGUUAUCCCAGAAGGCUUCUGAAAGGGGUUAAGAGCCACUCUGCACCUCCUAAAAAAUGUCCUCCCUCCCAAGUUGUUUGCAUUUCAAAACCCUGGAAGUUUAAUAGGCUAAGGGCCUGACUUGACAGUGGGCAAAGGGAGAGCUUCUAGAGCUUUCUUAGUGGGCAUCUGGGUGGUUCUGAGUCUCUUCUACCUCACAGAGAUGGUGUGAGGCUUUAGAAGGCCCAAGGAUGAAGGCCCCUUGAGCUCUUCAUAAGAAAUAUGAACUAAGUGACAAUCCUACUCCUCAGAAAGAUAAAAUACAGUUUGAGCUCUUCUGUGCAGCAGUCUGGCUAGUUGCUCUCUGGCAUUUUCUUGGAUCCUCAUGCCUCUUAAAAGCUCCAGAAAGCUGGAGACAACCUGGAGCCAUUCAAAUGCAUGAUAUCGAGGUACCAGGCAAACCCUGCUCUACACGCCCUGAAUAAAUUGCUGAAUCUCAAAGGAAAUAGACCCUCCUUGUAAGGAUGUACAAAAGUGUGUCUGCAUUAAUGUCCGUACUGUAAAUCUCUAAUUUAUCACUGUAUUAAAAAAAACUUGCUAUUUAAUUUUUGUAUCAAAGGAAAAUAAAGUUUUGUUUAUUAA